AUGCAGAUUCUGAUGAGGGUGCCAUCUCUCCCCGAGCGGGACGAGCUGGACUGCAACAUCUGCUACCUGCCCUUCAACCUCGAGGGCCGCGCGCCCCGCCGCCUGCCCGGCACGGCGCGCGCCCGCUGCGGCCACACGCUCUGCACCGCUUGUCUGCGCGAGCUGGCGGCGCGCGGCGACGGCGCCGGGCCGGCCGCGCGCGUGGUGCGCCUGCGCCGCGUCGUCACGUGCCCCUUCUGCCGCGCGCCCACUCCGCUCCCGCGCGGCGGGGUCGCGGACGUCGCGAUCGACUCCGAGGUCUGGUCGCGGCUGGAGAAACGGGCGCCGGCCGCCAGCGAUGCCGCCGAGGCGGGGAGCGGCGAGGCCCCAGACGGCAGCGACGCGACGGCGGCGGCGCCCAGGGGCGCGGGCUGGCGCGCGCUGCGGCGGGUCUGGGGCGCCCUGCAGGCCUCCUCGAGGCGCUGGCGCCGGCAGCUGCCCUGCCACGUGCUGUACUGUCCGGAGAUCAAGGACUUGGCCCACAUGACGAGCUGCACGCUGUAACGGAGGGCCCGGGAAGCCGAAGGCCCGAGGAAGGUGGGAGCUGCAAUCCUGGACCUGGCAGCCAGAUGCCAGAACUACCCC